AUGGACACUGGGAUGGACAUAGAUAUGGACCUGGACCUUGGACAGUUACCUGAACCUGAUCCGAUUGAGCUAGAGCCCGUUUCUACUCUGACAGUAGCGUCUGCGAUCGCGGGGCAAACCGAGGCUGGAGUAGCCAACCCCAAUGACGAACCUCAGCUAGAGAAAGUCCAUAUUCGGGGUGUUGACGAACUGACUACGGAUGAUAUUAAACGGUUUGCUGCCGAGCAUUUCACCUUAGAAGAGCCUGAGCGAAUUGAGUGGAUAGAUGAUACCUCGGCAAACAUUAUAUACAGCUCGGCAGAGGUGGCAUCCAAAGCCCUAUCAUCAUUUACUCAGGAGAAUGUCGAAGAUGCAGUUACUAACUCGCCCUCACUUCGCCUUCGGACGGCGAAGGCACUGUCUUCUCACCCCGAUUCAGUUCUACAGGUCCGGCUGGCCGUGAAGUCGGAUCGAAAGAAACAUCGCGCAUAUGAGGCUAGCCGCUUCUACUUGAUGCACCCAGAGCAUGAUCCUCGAGAACGGAUGCGGAACGAAUUUUCUGGCAGAAGACAUCGGGGACCCAGAGGUGAUAAUGAUGGUGAUUAUCGGAGAAAACGAUUUGAUGAUAAAGAGCACCGUCGACGCAAAGGCCAGGCCAGAGACGAUAAUUUCGAUGUUAGUAUGUAUGAUGACGACGCGGACCGUGGGCGACGUGCUUCCAGUGGUGAUAUAUCUAGCGCUGGCUCAUAUACCAGGAGCCGAGCAAGAAGGAAUAACCGUGACCUUUUCGACGAUCGUAUGGAAUCGCUGGAAGGGCGACUUAGGGACCGCAGUGCCUCACCUUCUAGGGCAAAUGGAGACGGACCGGAUCUUCGACUUGCUGGUGGUUCAUCGUCUAAUAGGCGUUUCCGUGAUAGACCCUCUCUUUCUGGCCGUGACAGUAGGGAUAGGUCGCGUUCUAAUGCUGGCAAAGAGCUUUAUCGUUCUGGCAACAACGCAGGUGAUGAAGCCGCAAGAGGGAGGGAAUUGUUUCCCAACAAGACUGCUUCAAGCUACCUAAAACAGGAACUAUUGAUGAAUACUGUGUCUCCACCAGCCAACACAGUGCAUCGUCGAUCCGAUGCUUUUGACGCUGCUGACGAAACAACUGAUCUGUUUGCCCAGCGGAUGACUGUUCCGUUCGUGGACGGUGCUAAUGAUGACGCUAAACGUUCCAACAAGCGUAAUGUGGAGUUGUUUCCAGAUUCAAUAAAGGACCGGUCUCAGAGCUUGAACAUCCGUGGCCUAUCAUCGGAGAAUAAUGGAGUUUCUAUUCGUGGGGCUGCCUCUGGUGGGAUAUCUAUAAAAGGGGCAGCUAACGUCAGAGAACUUUUCCCCUCAAAGUACACUGGCAACGAAGGGAAAGAGCUAUUUUCAGAUACCCUCGAAGGACGAGGGGGGAGGAGAAGACGUGCAGAAGAUAUGUUUGGUUGA